AUGGUUGGUGUUGCCAACGCCGGUACUUGUAUUGAAGGUUAUAGAGAAGGCUAUUAUUCACAGUUCAGCUAUUACAAAGAUUCCGCUUUCAUCACAUACAAAUGUGUUGGAUUUUCAACAACAGAUGACAGUGGACAGAGUGUAUGUAGUCAAUGCCUCAGAACGAUCAGCACCCUAGGUAUCAUACUGAUCGUUAUCGGUGUAAUACUAAUCAUGCUAUUGCUCAUGAUUGCACUCAAGAGACAACAUGCCAAAAGUGCAAAUGAACGUAUAGCCCAACUCAAUGCCCAACUCAACAACAGAAGAUCUAACGACAACAAUCGCAAUGAAAUUCCAAUGUCACCUAUCCGAAGACCACCCACCACCAGCAACAACAACAACAAUAACAACAACACAAACAACAACAACAAUAACAAUCAAUUGAAUUCUGAUUUUGUUCAAAUCCCACAGAUAAAUGAACCAUCUCCACAAAUUGUAAUAGAACUUACUAAAGCUACCGAUGAAAUAGAUUAA